UCCAAGCAAACCAUCCCGUCCCUCCAUUCACCUUGCCCAACACAAUACCAUGUUGGGCGAGGAUAUGGACCGCCUGCGGGGAACUCUGCAGAACGACCUUGUCGACAAGUUAAUCAAGGCGCUAUCGGAUUUUCCUUUGGACCAGCUCGAAAACCCUAUUCUUUCCUUACAGGCAUUCAUCCAAGACGGGAAUGGUGCAGAUCCUGAGGGGGACACUUUCGAGGCCAAUGAGCAGCAUCAAUCUGGAGAGUUUCUUGUAUCUCAUCAAGUUUACCUUUGUGAUAGCACAGCUUCUGAAACGCUCCCUAACCCUUCAUCACCGUUAAGUGGCCCCUCUCCUCAACCAUUACGACGUAGCCGCAUUCAGCCUGCGGACCCUCCUACGGCAAAUGUUGCCCAACAACUCACCAGCACCCUUGCCGUUGCACGUAAACACCAAGGCGGCUUACGUCCAGUGUCAGUGAACGCUGCUGUUGACGAUGGCCAUGAAAGUCGUCGACAGAUGCAAGUUGGACAAGAAAAUUUCCCUAAAAGAGCUAAAACCAAGCACGAUGGCAUGUUUCGCCUGCAAGACUCAUCCUUGGGCAAGUUUAUUGUUGGGGUAUGGGAACAGAUUCAUUCGGGGCUUGUUCUAGAGCCACAUGUUCUCACAGAGCAGGUGCAGCUUAUAGCCACUACACCUAGAGUCGGUCAUGAAGCUCGAGGGGUUUUAUCAGCCGCUGUGGAUACCCGAAACAUUCCAGACGUUACUUGCGAAUCUUUCAGUCGAAGUAAUCUGUUUUGCCGCAAGGUCACUCAAGCCAGUCGCACCUGUCGCUCCAUCGAGGUUAUCGUCCAGGCUCGCUGGGUCGAACUCUUCGACUCCUACGUCGAGUAUCUCGCCGGCAUAAAUCCUGGGCUUUCAUCAACCAAAAGUCGCAUGAAGGCUCUAGCAGAAGCCUGUACCGACUUUGGCUGGCCCGAAAAGGAGCUUCGGAACAAGAUGGCCAUCUGGCGAGGCUACAAGGAGAUAAAAGAUGUUUUGGGUUGGGUUGCGCUGGUGUUUUCGGGUAUGGGCCUCUACCGUCUCUGCAAGUACCGGAUCGACUUCGACAAAGAGAAGUUUCAUCGAGUGCGAGCGUUGCGACUACGGAUGGAAGUAGCCUCAGAUACCUUGCACCAUAACUGGCGACAGCUUCUGGCUAUUAUUGGUGAGCCUACACAGCGGCGGUUCAUCGGCCACCAUCACGACUGGGUCGUUUAUCAAGACGGCUCCGACCCAGUUCCCCUCCAAUCAACUUACCUCGAGUAUGAUCCCAACUUUAGUUUUGAACAUCUCGAUGAGUCCAUUAUUGAUACCACGUUGUGGGGAGCUGAUGAUCCCCGCUGGGCACCACCGCCAAAUGCUAUUAUAUGCGUUGCGAACACAAACGUAUGCCUCCUAUGUGAGCAAGCACAGUCGAACGACGCUGCAAUUAAUUCUUGUAAUUGUUUCCCAAGUCUCUUUGGUGGUCCAAGGUUGCCAUGCGCUGUGCAGGUCUUUCGGACUUCUGACGGACGUAACAAUGGACUCCAAGCACUUGUGUCGUUCGAGAGGGGUGUUGCCAUUGGAGAGUUCAUAGGGCUUGUGACAAAAGAUAUCAAGGACCAGGACGUGCUGGAUAGCAAGGUUGGUGAGAGAAGGUACCAAAUCUGGCAGGGGAGACAAGGGAAUUUCACUCGGUUCGUAAAUCAUAGUUGCAAGCCAAACGCACAGUUUGAAGAGUUUGUUUGGUUGGGUACGCAGCAUAUCUUACUAGUGAGUAAAGGGAUCGAGGCAGGUAUGGAGAUUACGGUCGACUACUCUGGUAGCUAUUGGCGUGGUCUCGAUAAAAAAUGUCUUUGUGGCGAAGUGUGCUGUAGGUAUAAUCACGGUGAUGACAACUGAUGAUAGAUAGACGAGUUUACUGUAUCUUGACAAAAGAUUUUGAUAUUGCAGUAA